UUUGACCGGAAGGGGACAGUGACGUCUUACGUUGGUUACGGCAGCAAACUGUUAGCAGCUAUUUACUAGCUAGUUUACUUUGUCAAACAAACAUUUCGCAAUAGGCUGACCAUGGGUAUAUGUGGGAGUUAAGGUAGAAUAAAAUGGUCCUGCACAACUAAGCGUCCCCGCACUGUCACAGUCAUACCUGCGAACAACCUCUUGUAAUGCCAUAGAGAAAGAAGCUACUGCCAAUCUCCUCCACCAGGGAGGAGAGGUCUCCCCAGAAAUGGCAACUGAACUUCAUGAGACCAUAUUUAUGGCCAAGCAGGAGCGCCACAAAAACCUGUUUCUUAACUACAAGAACCUAAAUAUUUUCCCUGUAGAGCUGCUCAAAGAUGAAGGCCUGCAGUUUCUGGAGAGACUGUACAUGAAGAGGAACUCCCUCACUACACUGCCUGACAAUCUCGCUCAGAAGCUACCAAAUCUAAUUGAAUUGUAUUUGCACUCAAACAACAUAGUAAUUAUUCCUGAAGCUAUCGGAAACCUGGCCAGGUUGCAGUCGUUAGACUUGAGCAAUAACGCCCUUCAGCUUCUGUGUCCAGAAAUUGGACGACUGAGGUCUCUUCGGCACCUGAGACUUUCCAAUAACCAGCUGAAAUGCCUUCCUCCAGAGAUCGGUGAUCUUCAUGACCUGGAGACUCUCGACGUGUCAAUGAAUCAGCUGAUGUCUUUACCAGAUCGGCUGCACCGCUGUCUCUCCCUACAGAAUCUAACAGUGGACCACAACCUACUGAGUCACGUUCCCCGACACCUCUGCUGGCUCCACCGUCUCAACCAGCUAUCUAUGGCCGCUAACCGGCUGACAUUUCUACCACUUGAUCUGGGCAGAUCACGGGAGCUGCAGUUCGUGUUUGUUGACAACAAUGUGGACCUAAAAGGCCUCCCCUCCUACUUGUACAACAAGGUCAUCGGCUGCAGCGGGUGUGGUGUAUCAUCUCACUCACUGGAGAGUGACCUGGGUGAAGUACUGGGUGAGGCGUUGAGUGAGGCCUUGGUUGGGCUGCCGGCUGAAGUAAAGGUGGUGGCCUCAGAGACGGAUAACGUGGUUCCCCUGGAGGAGCUGGCUAUGAGGAAUCUGCACCGCAUCUACCACCACCGCCCCAUAGACCUCAACCUGCUGCCCCCCAUCACCCUCCCAAAGAGCCUCCUCGACCUGCUGCAGUUCCCACUUGGUCACUGUCACCGUUGCAGUCAAGCCAUGUUCACUACCAUCUAUCCAAAACUCUUCCCCCUCCGCGACACCGCCCUAGCAGGAGUGCAUCGCAGGACAACUGUGAGUUUUGUGGCCUAUUGCUGCUCCAGUCACUGCCUUCGGACCUUUGACCUCCAAGGUUGAAAUCAUUUCCUUCCCACUGUCCAUCUCCAUUCAUGAUCUGUUGAUUGGUUUCCAGAGGGCGAUACACAUCGUCGUGUCAAAUGGCCGUGAGCAGCUGAUCCUGAAGGUCUGUGAGUGUCAGUGCAGGAGCUCUGUGCUUGAUUACAAUACAAAGGACCACACAGAAGCAGCCUGGCCGGAUGUUUGUUAGGUCAGAUGAUGGACACAGCUCAUUAGGCAACAUUUCAACACUUUGGGCAAAGACUCAAAACUUAGAAGAUGUUCCAAAGCCCAGCUGACUGGGAGCAUAAUAUUCUGUGUAAAUAUGGGGGUGGGGAUGAGGGAGGGUCAAAUUUAAGACUGUUAUGUGUGAACAGUGCACCACAGAGCUCAUUCCGCUAGAUCUGUCUAGAAACAGCAGUAUUACAACUGAGCUAACUACUCACCCCCUACUAACAGAUGGGCACUUUUUAGAAAAAAAACAACACUUUUUUGAUUUUGUGGAAUGAAUUAUUUUUUCACAGAAGUUUUUUGCAGCAAACACGUCCCCAUUGAUUGUGAAGUCAUUUUUGAGGGAUUAACAUUUGUAGUAUGUUUUGUUUGAAUACUGAAGAAUAUUUGAAGGGUAAUAAUAUAAAAGAAUGUAUCUGUUUGAUACGUGUUAUUUUCAGGAGUAUGUGUACAAAGUUGUUACAUGAACUCACCAACAGAAGCCAAAUGCUUAGGUCUCACAGGACAACAGAUACAGUAGAAGCUGGAAAUGGAAAAUGUACAUUUGGAAAAAGAUAAAUGUAAACACAACACACUGCAUGAGUUCAGAUUCAUGAUGGCGUUCUAUAGGGUUUAUAAAGUCAAAGCUCUGCUCAAUAAAAUGAACCAACAGGUGGUCAGAGGUUCUAUUAUCAGUCAUAUUGCAGGGUAGGUUUUAGCAUUUAAGUUGUGACUGGGUUUGGAAUAGCAUUUCAUAUAUUAACAUGUUGAAAACUACCUGUCUUUACAAGCAUUAAAAUACCACACUUGAUUAGAUUUAAUAUCCACAAAUGUUCUUAGUUUGAAUUCAGUUUAAUCAUUGUCUGAAGAAAGAGUUUUGAACAUUUCAGAGUCACUGUGAUUCUCUUGUUGAACUGACGCUUGUGUGUUAAUGUUUGUUUUCGCUGUACAGUUCUAAUUUAUCUUUUGAUUGUGGUGCAUUUUGACAGUAAAUGUUGACUAAUGUUUGA